UUGUGGCGCGGAUGUAAAACAAAAGGAAAUAGGCCACGAUAGUACGACACUAAGGUGGAGUCCUCUUAUAUUUCGUGUUUGAAGUUGCUUUUCAAGGAAACAUUUAAACACAAUAUCGUCAUUUUUAAAAGUCUUGGGAAGAGACAGAUUUGUCAAGAACGCGAUUUAGAAUGCAGUGACCUGUGGCCAUCUAUGGCGGUGGCACGAGAAACUCAGGCUUGCAUUGUGGCCACCCCCGACCUCCGAGAGCAGUAGGGCCCGCCGCGGCCCUAGGAGACGAUGUACCGUGGUGGGGAGAGGGACUUCCAGACGUCGGCGAGGAGGAUGGGCACCUCGCUGCUCUUCCAGCUGUCAGUGCAUGAGCGGGAGCUGGACCUGGUGUUCCUGGACCACAGCUACGCCAAGCCCUGGAACGCCCACCCGGACGCCAGCAGCGCCAGGCCAACGCGCAUGCUGUUCGUGACGCCUCGGCGACAGCAGGACACCACUGUUGAGUCGGACAUGUCCAUCGACGUGGAGACGGUCACGCCCACGCCCAUGCCGCUCUAUGACAACCAGAAAGCGCGCAGCGUGAUGAACGAGUGCGAGAGACACGUCCUGUUCGCCCGAACAGCCGCCGACGCACCCCCGCCACCCGACGACUGGGAAGAGCACAUAAACAAGGCAGGAUGGUCUAUGGCUCAGAACAAGCUGUUCAACAAGGUGCUGAAGGCCCUGCAGGCUGAGCGACUGGCUCGGCUGGCGAAUGAGAAGGCCUGCAACGAGCCGGUGCUGCGGCGCAUUGCUGUGGACAAGUGCGCCAGGAAGGUGCGACAUGCGCUGGCCAGCGUCAGCUGGGACACCAAGCUGACGCAGUGGCUGCACAGCACCCUGGUAGAGUCCCUGAGCCUGGCCAUGCUGGCCGCCUACCUGGAUGUGCUGCAGACGCUCAAGAGCAAGCUGCCAUCUCUGAUCGACAGGAUGGUGCUGUCAUCGUCGGCGAAGACGGGAGCAGCGGGAGCUGAGGCACUGUCCCUGCUCCUCAAGAGGCCGUGGGAUCCAGCCGUGGGCGUCCUGUCCCACAACAAGCCGAGCAAACUGCCCGGCUCUCCGCUCAUCCUGAUCGCUCCCUCCGGGCCGACCAACCCGGCAUUCUCUACCUCCCGCCGAAUGCGCUUCUGGCAGUCUCAGCUCUCCUGCCUGGGGAAGGUCAUUCCGAUUAGCACCCACCUUGUGAACAGUGGAGCCAACGUGGGCAUCACACAGUGUCUGGAACACAUGAUUGGAGCUGUCAGGGGCAAAGUCUUGGAGGUGCAUGGCCACUUCCCUCACAAGCCCAUUAUCCUGGUGGGCUGGAACGUGGGCGCACUCAUCGCCUGCCAUGUCUCUCUCAUGGAGUAUGUGACUGCGGUGGUGUGUCUCGGCUUCCCCCUGCUCACCAUCAAUGGCCCCAGGGGGGAUGUGGAUGACCCCCUGCUGGACAUGAAGACGCCGGUGCUCUUUGUGAUUGGUCAGAAUGCUCUGCAGUGCGGGACAGAGGCCAUGGAGGAGUUCCGAGAGAAAGUGAGGGCGGACAACAGCAUGGUGGUGGUGGGCGGAGCAGAUGACAACCUCAGAAUCAACUCCCAAAAAAUGAAGGCAGAAGGACUUACACAGACCAUGGUGGAUCGCUGCAUUCAGGACGAGAUUGCAGACUUCCUGACGGGUGUGCUGACGCGGGCUGACAGCCACGGGCACGGCAGCGGGGAGCCACGGGACCUGGACACGGAGAAGAAGAAGAAGCCGCGGCGGGAGCUGCCCUUUGAGCUGGAGAGGACCAGGCCCUCCUCUCCCGCCGUCAGGGUGCCCAUAUCGCCCUCAGGGUCAGAGGACCUCUCCAGUGUGUGCAGCAGCCCCACCUCCAGCCCUAAGCCCAAGACCUCAGGCCUGUCCCCUGCGCAGAAGUCCAGCCUGAUCACGGCCACCCAGCUCCUGAAGACCCACAUGCAGCGCUCCGGGACGGUGCUCACACACAAGCAGGCGCAAGCUCAGUUUGCUGCUUUUAUGAAACAAAACAUGCUUGUGAGGAAAAGCCUUCCUCCGGGCACCCCCUCCUGUGUCUUCGUGCCGGUUUCCAGCGAGCAGGCUGAGGGCCUGGAGAGGGACGACCUGCGCGCCCAUCUGAAGAGGAGGCAGACGCCCAGCCCCACUCCAGCUAAGGCAUCCAAGAGAGCCAAGAUUAAGGUCACCAUCCUGUCCCAUGGGGAGACAGCAGGGGGCGCCAGCACCCCUGCUGCUCACGAAGUGGGAUCCUCAGGGAAGCCGCUGACCGUGACGGUGGGGCAGACUGUGUCAGGAGCCAAGGAGCUGUCGGGAUUACUAACGGCUCAAAGGUCCGGAGGCCUUUCGGAGAUGUCUGGUACUUUGAGUGCAGGGGGUGGUGGCUCAUUCCACACCCUUCACGGUCGCAUAGCGUCCGGGUCCUCCUCACCUGUCCAGACACAGGCCCCCGCGGCUGCCCAAGCGGCCCCUUCUGCCAGCAGCCUGCUCCAGGGCCUCAGCUUCAGUCUUCAGGAGAUAGUGACCAAGUCCCCCAGUCUGCCCUCCACAGCAGCCAGCGUGGGCAGCACCACUCAGGCUCCCGGGGGGAAGACCCAGAGUCAGGUUUUGGGCUCCAUCAGCACCGGCAGCAGCACCCUUGUCCGGGCCGUACCGGUGGCCUCCACGGGGGGCGUGACCAAGACCACGGCCAUCCACCAGCUGCUCACCAAUGGGGGGCUGGCCAAGCUGGCGAGCAGCCUGCCCGGACUGGCCCACAUCUCCAACCAGGGCGCUGCCGGGCUCAAAGCCCCCACCACCAUCACGGUGACGCUGCGAGGACAGCCCAGCAGAGUUACCACGCUCAGCCCGGCCGCAGCAGGAGUGGCGCUGACCAAACCCUCUGACAUACAGUGACAGCCACCAGCCCGACCAAGACUGCGUUCUGUCAGAUGCCAGAAUGCCUGUCCUGACUGAGUCCAUCGUCCCAACAAGGGGACCUUGUGGGCUCCCACCUCCUGGGCUCCCUCACUGGUCCUGCCCUUGCCACCUCCCCCAACCCGCUCUUUGCUGCUGUCUGAAGUGGGGAGCACCGUGCAAGAGAGCCCUAGAACUGUCAUCACCCCAACACCCAUUGACCCAGAGACACUGGGUGGGGGUCUCCUUACUCUGGGAGGAAGGGAGUGUUGCACCUCGCCGCUUAAGGGGCCAACAGCAUUACCCUGUCAGGCAUGUCUAUGGCCACCUCCAAGACUGCCUUGCUUCCAGGCACUGCCUCAGCUACAAACCACCUCAGCAGGACCCCAGAGCCAGCAGAACUAGGGAAUGUUAUCACAUGAAAAGCAUUCUCAGCUGUGGAGCACAGACAGACAUUAGGUGGGAGUGUGCCAGCUACAGUGUAACAGUAGAGAAGGUUCCAGAAAGAUCUUUCAGUGACCAAAUGGGCCUUGAUAUACGGGAGUCAAAUAGGUUGACAAGUAAUCUGCAUAUAUAAUGCGUAGCUCCAGAAGAUGGUGCAGUGCAUCAAAACAGCAGUUGUCACUGCACUCAGAUAAUGUUAAAAAAAGACUUGCCAGAUAAGUACUAAUUGCUUUAUUUUUAUUGAAUAUUUGAGACCUUAAAAUGAAGCCUUAUCAAAACUAAAUGUGAGCAUUUUUGAAUAUGUAGUCAUUAACAGGGUUCUUUUCAGCAAACUAUGCCAUUGUAAUUUAAGUUUUUAUAGUUCCAUGAAAGGCUUAAGUUGUUUUGUUUUUUUUUACUCCCCUUGUGGGUUCACUUUUAUAAAUGGGUUAUUUGUGUUUGGUUGUCAGCACUGUGUAGAGCUUCUGCUAAAUGGAUAGAUCAUGCAUUAAUGUUACAGAAUGCACAAGAGGUUGGGGUUAAUAGCUUUAAACCCUGCAGGCUUGGCAUGGCAAAACAUUCUGUCAAUCACAACAAAAGC